GAUAUGCCGGAUCUGGGGGUCAAAUCUGCAAAAGGACCAAACUCACGCGACGACGAAGAAAGAAGCGGAGACCGGAGAUCGAGAUCGCCGGUGGGAGAGAUGGAGCCGAGACGAGCGAUCCACCGCAGAUCCGGCGCGCUCCUGCUCCUCUUCGCCGCUGUCUUCGCGGCGGCCGCCGGCGCCUCCGCCUCCGCCAUCGGCGACAAGUGCGCCGCCUGCAAAGCCGUCGCGGCUGAGCUGGAGAUUGGAAUAUCAAGUGAGAAACCAAGAAAUCACUUGGACCUGCGUAACCGGUUAAAUUCGAAAGGUCAGCGUGAGGGGAAGGUCAUCGAUUACAGAGUCAGCGAGCUUCGGAUCGUAGAGCUUCUGGAUGACCUAUGUGAUAAGAUGCAAGACUAUACGCUACAGAAGUUGGAAUCAGGCGAAAAAGAGUGGGUGAAAGUAAAAAGCUGGAACAGUUUUGAAACUGAUAAGAAAGCUGCAGCACGAGCACACUCCAAAAAUCUAUCCAGUUACUGUGGAAGGUUACUGGAGGAAACUGAGGACGAGCUUGCUGAGUGGAUAAAAACAAGCUCGGGAGAAUCCGGGAACGUGAGCCAGGCCCUUUGCCAGGAUAUUAGCAAACACUGUCAGUCCACAAGUGCUACGGCCCCGGUCGACGAUGAACUAUAACAGCACGUGUUAGCUCCCCGUAUUUACUCGGACAAAGAAAAGCAGAUGAAUGCCUGAGAAGCGUCAAAGAAGAAGCUCCAGUAGGAAAUGAAGCUGUUAUUUCUUAGCGUCUGCGAUUUUACACUCACAUUGUUGUCUUAAAGAGGGACUUGCAGUUUUUCACAUAUGAUCAACUGAUAUAUUGAGAACAUUUGAACUUUGAGAAUUUUUGCAUACUGAACUACAGUUGGUAACAUGCUAUGAUCUGCUUUUGUGA